CAGGCCGCCAUUUUGGCGUUGGCUCUGGGGACAGGCGCCCGUAGGAUAAAGCGCGAGGCAGCGUUUUUCGCUUCCUCACUGCGGAGUUGUCGCAGCCGCCGCCCCUGGCUAGCGCCCUGGGCCUGGCUGUGUCCGUCGCCGCUCUGCGCGCCCGCGGGCCCCGCUGCCGGCCGGAGAGCGAGGCGGGAAGCAUGUCCCGCACGCCCCGCCGCUGAGAGAAGCAGGGGCCCGACCGCCGCUCCCGCCCCACCCGGCUGCUCGCUGGGUCUCCGCCUGGCCGGUCACAGGAUUCCUUUCCCGGCAGUUCUCCCGCCCGGGCUGCCCAUCGCUUGGUUUUCCCCGGCCAGGCCUCUCUCCCGUCGGGUCUGUCCGGCCGGGCCUUCGGGCUCCCCCGCCCGUUGCCAUGUCCUCGGCCGCUCGCUUCGACUCGUCGGACCGCUCCAGCUGGUACGUGGGCCCGCUCUCGCGGGCGGAGGCGCAGACGCGGCUGCAGGGGCAGCGGCACGGCAUGUUCCUGGUGCGGGACUCGUCCACCUGCCCGGGGGACUACGUGCUGUCGGUGUCCGAGAACUCGCGGGUCUCCCACUACAUCAUCAACUCGCUGCCCAGCCGCCGCUUCAAGAUCGGCGACCAGGAGUUCGAGCACUUGUCGGCGCUGCUGGAGUUCUACAAGAUCCACUACCUGGACACCACCACCCUCAUCGAGCCCGCGCCCAGGUAUCCAAGUCCAUCAAUGGGAUCUGGAUCAGCCCCUACCAUUCCCACUGCAGAAGAAAAUUUGGAGUAUGUUCGGACUCUCUAUGACUUUCUUGGGAAUGAUGCUGAAGAUCUGCCAUUUAAAAAGGGAGAGAUAUUGGUAAUUGUAGAGAAGCCUGAAGACCAGUGGUGGAGUGCCAGAAACAAAGAUGGUCGUGUUGGAAUGAUUCCUGUUCCUUAUGUAGAGAAGCUGGUCAGAUCGUCCCCUCAUGGGAAACAUGGGAACAGGAAUUCUAACAGCUAUGGUAUUCCAGAACCUGCCCAUGCUUAUGCUCAACCUCAGACCACAAGUCCCCUUCCCUCUGUAUCCAGUACACCUGGAGCAGUGAUCAACCCUCUGCCAUCAACACAGAAUGGACCAGUCUAUGCCAAAGCUAUUCAAAAAAGAGUACCAUGUGCUUAUGACAAGACGGCCUUGGCAUUAGAGGUUGGAGACAUUGUGAAGGUUACAAGGAUGAAUAUAAAUGGUCAGUGGGAAGGUGAAGUCAAUGGCAGAAAAGGGCUCUUCCCUUUCACGCACGUCAAAAUAAUUGACCCUCAAAAUCCAGAUGAAAAUGAGUGAUUCCUGUUGCCCAGCUUACACUGCUGCUUCAUUUUUCUGGCUACGAUAAGCAUCGUUUGAGGUGGGGAUGAUGACUGUUAAUGGCACAUUGCUAGCAUUGUCCAUUUUUCUCGCUUGCUGCAGUUUGAUGGUUCUUUUUAUACACAUUUGGAAUGCACACAACUGAAAUCAUGUGCUGACCAUACCAUAAUUGCAUCAUCCAAACUGUAGUAUCACUUCUAGAACUAUUCUGGCCCUUUAGCUGGAGAAGACUGAAAUCAUACAGGCAGAUAGUAAAUAGGAGCAAGAAAAUAAUCUUUCCCAUUUGAGGCUUUCAGGAACAGAAUGUUGUGGCUUAUUCAUUAGGAGGAGAGUUCUAAUCCUGAGAUCAAAUAUGAAACUUUUGGAUCACUGUCCAAACAGAACAACAAAAAAACUGCAAUUUUGUGGCUGAGGAAGGGAAGAGCUGAAUUUGAGAGAAAAUCUGCCUAAGAUAGUCAAAACAAGUCUCCCUAUAGAGAAUUGGAUCUCUUGUGCAUUUUGAGCAGCUAUUUUAACAAGGCUGUUUUUGUGAUACAACUCUAAGCUUGCUCUUGACUUAGAAAUAAAGUUUGUGUGAUGAAAGUAAAUACCCAUUGAAGUGAAGACCUUUAUAAGAAAACGAUAAUUGACAUUGUAAAUGGUAGCUCAUUCUGUGAUAUACAUAAAACCAAUUCUGCAGACUAUUGAAUGCAAAUGUAAAGGUUGCUGGAUGAUUUGCAAGCACUAGAACUGUAGAAACAACCUUUAAAAGGGAAACACUUAAGCCUGGUUUACACACAAACUUUUGUACUGGUAUAGCUCUUAGGGAGGAGUAUAGAGUUUUUUAAACAGUUUUUACUAGUACAACCUGGUUUCAGGGAGGGGAUAGAGAGAUAAAGGUGCCUUAUACUGACAUAACUUAUCAGUAUAAUUGCAUCUACACCAGGGGGUUGUACCACUUUAAACCUUUAUAGGUAAACUGGCUCCUCUACACAAGUUGCUCUAACUCCAUGACUUCUGCCUGCCUCUUUUUAAAUGAAUUUAAAAGAUGAAUUGAAAAAUUGUAAUAAAAUACAUGUGAAAAUUAUUAGCUUUUUUUUUUAACCGGGGGAGGGGGCUCUGUUUAUAAUCUUCCCUACAGAAGCUGACAACUAAGUAGCAGAAGGGAUGUACUUUAGGUAUUAAGGAUGCCUUCAAGCUUAGCAAAAGAUGCAGAAAUCCAAACUUUGCUUUCACCAUUUAGAGGAACUUACAUGAAACAUGUACACUUAAGUGUACAAAGUUCAGACAUAAGAUGGGGGGGAAAAAUAUUUAAGGAUGUUGGGCUGUUCAGCCCUAAGCACAUGUUGCUCUGAACUCUGUAUUGAAGUGCCUUGAAAUUCUUGGAGAGAAGGCACUGAAGCAUGCGAAAAUCCAUUUUGCAGCCAUAGUUCAUUUUUAGAAAAGCAUCUCAGCUUACCUGUUAUUCUGUAGUGCUCAUCAAAUGGCUAACAGUCUGGAGAAACUCUUCUUAAAGCAUUUUACUGCCAACCAAAACUUACUGUGAAAGAGAAUAGCAUUGACUAAAAGUGUGUGGUGCUGUAGGAUUACCUGACUGUGGGCAAUAACUGUCCUUUGCAAUGCAAACAGUUAUGCAGCUCUAGAAAGUGAGUGUCCCUGUUAAUCUGUGUGUCUGGACCCUACUGUAAGUUAUUACAAAGCUCAUACUACUGAAAGUUACUUUUGUACUUAAACUGCACUAAACUCAGUCUGCCAUAAGGAUCUCUUAUUUUGACCCUGGCCUAGCUGUUGACAGCUGUCAUCAGUGUAUGGUUUUUUAUUUUAAAAUCCAUAAACAUAAGUAAUUUUCUGAAUUAAUCAAAAAAGUAUUUUCUUACACUCUCCCUCAUUGGAUAUACUAUGUACCUGGAACAUCGUAAGCACUGUCCUAGGUUAAACUAAUCUGUUGAUUUCCCCCAAAGCAGCAAACCAUCUGUCUGCAAAAAUCUCAGCCCAUGUCAAUACAAGAAAGCACAGCAUUACAUGGUGGUUUCUAAAGCAAAGAAGAAUACCUAAAAAGUGUGAACCUAGUUUUGGACCACUUAAAUGGCUCCCUGUGUCUAAUACUAAACACCACCUCUUACUAAAAUGUAUCACAUUGAACAGUCUAACUUGAUUGUAAACUUGCAUCAAAAUGUCUUAAGUAUUUUAUAUAGACUGCAUUUGAUCAGUUUGUGUUUCUCCUUCAAAGAUUUGUUUCUUGCAGUGCUGCCUGUUGCUUUAGAACACCUCUUCAAAAAUUCCUUGAUAAAUAAUGGUCAGUAUAGCUGUUCUUUGGGAGUAUAAAAUAUACUUGCUUCAAUCUAUGCAGUAUUAGGUGGCUCAUGUUCCACAUUUUUAUGUAGGUGUCUGGGUUUCAAACUAGCAAUUCUGUCAGUUGUCAAAACCAUUAAUCAUGAAAGGUUUACUAUUUGUCUCUUCCUCUGGUGUGUGUAUAUAUAUUGAAGGCUCUGAUUAGAACAAUUUUCAUUUUAACUGGUCAGUGUCCAUCACUGGAUAAGCACUAACUCAAUUCAUAAUUGUUUACAAAUCAGGCAAGAAUAAAGGGAAUAUCCUUUUUGGGUGGGGGCUCUGAACAUUUUUGUAAAGGGGAAAAAUGCAUUCUUUGUGCCAUUUCAUGUGCCUGUAAUCUAACUUUUUAUAUUGUAUUAACAUCCUGGGAAUGAGUGGGCUUUUUGUGUAUGGUAAAGUUUUCAAGCAUCUCCAACUAUCUGCAAUUGAAAAAUUAAGACCUGCCUAAGACAGCCUUUUGGGACCAGUAGAAGUGUUCCUGUAUAGUUGUCAUUUUCUGUUUACUUGUAUUAAAUGAAAUUUUUUGCAGUGGGAAGGUGGCCUUCUAUUUGAGACAGUCUUCACUGUGUAAACAUUAACAGUAUGUAAUUUAAAGACCAUGAACUUCAGGCAAUAAUAAGCAAGCUUUUAAAGUUUAUUUUGGGGAUCAUAGCUUGUUUUAUUUUUUGUGCUGUAAAAUUAACAGUAUUAAAUGAAUUAUAUUCUUAGAAUACAUGGAGUGUCUCUUUUUAAGACUAGUGCCUUUUUAUUUUCUUACUCUACUUAUUUCAUAGUACUGGUCCCAUAUCAAGCCAGUGUUGUUAGUGCCCUGUUUGUACAGUCUAAAUAAAAACAAACUUGUAACAU